AUGUCAAGCAAUCCUCAGUGGAAGAUGUUCCAGCCGCCAGAUUCACACUCCUCCCCUUUACAGGACAUAUUAGAUCUACAGCAAUCAAACAUGCAAGCCAAACAAGUUUUUCGUAAUGGUACUUACAGCAGUGAGUAUCCAAGUUCCCCAAGAGAUAACUUUAAUAACAUGGGCAACAAGAGUGGUGGUAACAGGUUCACUCUUGGUAACUACAACAUGGAUUCAUGCCCUAUGGGAGACUCUGCUAUGUAUUCGUCCAGUUCAACCAACAAUCACUCCCAAUAUGAUUCCAUGAGCCACCCACCUAUUAGGGAAACGGGCAUAAUUGAGAAAUUACUUCAUUCCUAUGGCUUUAUACAAUGUUGUGAAAGGCAGGCUCGUCUGUUCUUUCACUUUAGCCAGUUUGGUGGUAACAUAGAUCACUUGAAAAUUGGUGACCCCGUUGAAUUUGAAAUGACGUAUGACCGUCGUACUGGGAAGCCGAUAGCGUCCACUGUGACCAAGAUAGCCCCUGAGGUAGUAUUGAGUGAGGCAAGAGUAACGGGAGUAGUGACAACCGAGGUCAAAGGUGAAGGUUCAGGAGACAAUACUGGCCGCAUCUCAUAUGAGAACAGGGGAGAGUGUUUCUUUUUGCCGUAUACGAAAGAUGAUGUUGAGGGCAAUGUAACACUUCGCACUGGAGAUGCUGUCAGCUUCCAAAUCGCUACCAACCAAAGAGGCACACUAGGGGCUUGCCAUGUACGUUUUGAGAAUCCGGCCCACCCUGUGAAAUAUCAUGGGGUGGUAUGCUCGAAAAAAGAGAAUUUUGGUUUCAUAGAAAGGGCUGAUGUGGUAAAAGAAAUAUUCUUUCACUAUUCUGAAGCUAAGAUCAAGGAAGAACUGUCGUUGGGCGAUGAUGUUGAAUUUAUAAUUCAGACGAGAAAUGGCAAAGAGGUAGCAUGUAACAUAACAAAGCUGCCUAGUGGGUCGGUGGUGUUCGAGGACGUCAGUCCGGAGAUAAUGCGCGGGCAGGUGUUAAAGCCUCUUGAGCGCGGGAACAUGGUGCGAGUGCCGCAGAACGAUCCGUUGCCGGGUAGGAUCAGAUAUCGUGCUGCUGACCAUUCAGAAGUAGAGGUGCCUUUCGGAGAUAAAGAUCAAUGUGGCGAGUUCACCCUCCGCCAUGGCGACUGGGUGCAGUUCCAAGUGGCAACGGACAGACGGGACCAACUGAAACGCGCCACCAAUAUAUCUCUGCUCGACGAGUCUUUCAACGUUUCUGGAGAGCGGAGGGAACAGGGUAUCGUUUGCUCGCUAAGAGAGGGCUUCGGUUUCAUACGCUGCGUUGAACGUGAGCAAACCAUGUUCUUCCAUUUCGCCGAAGUGCUACGUCUCGGUCAGGAACUUAGUGUUGGCGACGAGGUGGAAUUCACAGUGGAUCCAGUGUCAACUUUCUCAAACAUGAACACGCGUCAGUCGGCAAUACGCAUAAAGCACCUGCCGGCUGGUAGCGUUCACUUUGAGACGCUUCUAGAACGUGGCGUAAGAGGUGUUGUGGCAAAAGAAGCACAGUCAUACUCGUCCUCUUCAAGCCCCACUAGAUCUUCAUCUUCGGAAACCGGUAUAAUAACUUGCCAAAUUAACAACAUGAAGAAAUCCAUCUCAUACACCGCCAAGAAGUGCGAGUCGAAAAUGUUACCGCGUGUCGGUGAUAAAGUCAUCUUCGACAUAUACCAGGUGAAGAGAACUAAGGAGUUAAUUGCUAUGGCGAUACAGACACAGCACAGUUUGACCAAUGGCAAUGCGAAUGGCGGUAUGAAUCUGCGACCCAUCAUGCAAGGCUUCAUAGCGGCAUUGAAGGACGGCUUUGGGUUCAUUGAAACUGCUGACCAUAAUAAGGAAGUUUUCUUUCACUUUAGUAACCUCGAAGGCAGUCCGGACGGUCUAGAGCUGGGCACAGAAGUGGAAUACAGUCUGGGUAGAGUGAGUGGUUCGGGCGGGGGCUGUGCUAGUGCUGAGUUUGUGAGGGUCCUUCCAAGGGGUAGUGUGCCCUUAGCUAAGCCCUUGGAACCUACUCUUAAUGGAACUGUGACACGUACACUGCGAGCUCUGAAUCCGGAUCAGGCUAAGUAUUCAGGUCUCAUCCAAACGGAGGGCGGUUCGUCUUACGAGUUCGGUAUAAUGGGUCUAGCUUGCAAGCGUGAGAUACUGCAAGUUGGCGAUCCGGUCACGUUCCAAGCGGACGUUCAGGGACGCGCCGCGAACAUCGUUCCCGUGAGGAAGAAGAGACGCGCUACAGUUGAUGCUAUUAAAGGUGGUUUCGGUUUUCUAUCACUAGAGGCGGAAGACACGCGCCGUCUAUUCUUCCACAUGUCCGAGGUGCGCGGCAACCCGUCUGACCUGCAGCCGGGUGACGCGGUCGAGUUCGUUAUGCUUACCAAUCCCCGCAACGGGAAAUCUUCCGCCUGCAACGUGGUGAAAGUCGGGAGCAAACCGGUAGCCAAAGCCCGCAGUGAGCGGCCGGAGCGUCUGCUCGCCCGUCUACGCACCAUCUCGCUAGACGAGCCGGGCCCUCGCGUGGUGCUCGUGCGGCCCCCGCGCGGGCCCGACGGCAGCCGCGGGUUCAGGCCCCGGCGACCUGUAGCUGAGCAACUAGCCGAG